UUCACCGUCGCAGCUCAAAGCCAAACGUGACGACAAAUGAGUCGCGAAGCGAAGAGGACGACGGUUUUGGAAGUAGGCGACGAUGGCGUCGCUCUCAUCACCAUCGUCAACCCUCCUGUCAAUGCCCUCACCGCCGACAUAUUCCACAGCUUAAGUGAGAGUUACGAGCAGGCUUUGGGGAGAGAAGAUGUGAAAGCAAUUGUAGUAACAGGUGCAAAAGGCAUUUUCUGUGGGGGCUUUGACAUUGGCGGUUUUGGUGGACAAAAACGCCAGGAAGAACAAACCAAGCCUGGUUAUACAUCAGUUGAUUUCUUCACUGAUGGACUUGAAGGGGCUAAGAAGCCUUCCGUUGCUGCUAUUGACGGCGUCGCUUUGGGUGGAGGAUUAGAACUUGCUAUGGUAUGCCAUGCAAGAAUAUCGACUCCUACCGCGCGAUUAGGCCUCCCUGAACUUCAGUUGGGCGUCAUUCCUGGACUUGGAGGAACACAGCGGCUUCCACGCCUUGUUGGUCUCUCCAAGUCACUUGAGAUGAUGCUGACCUCAAAGGCAGUGGAAGGGACAGAAGCAUGCAGUUUGGGCCUUGUAGAUGCUGUUGUAUCACCAAAUGAACUGCUACCAACUGCCCGUAAAUGGGCUCUGGAUAUCUCACAGUGCAGGAGACCAUGGAUUGCUUCUCUUUACAGGACUGACAGGCUAGGAUCCCUUAAGGACACAAGACAAAUACUUAAGUUUGCAAGAUCACAAGUCAAAAAACAGGCUCUUAAUGUCAAGCAUCCUCUGAUCUGCAUUGACGUUGUUGAAGAGGGUAUAAUCUCUGGUCCACAGGCUGGACUUUGGAAGGAGACUCAAGAGUCUCAACAGCUUCAAAAAUCUUACACCACCAAGUGCUUGGUCCACGUCUUCUUUGCUCAACGUGGAGCUUUGAAGGUCCCUGGUAUCACAGACAGAGGUUUGAUGCCUAGGCCACUCAACAAGAUUGCUGUUCUUGGUGGAGGACUAAUGGGAUCUGGAAUAGCAACAGCAUUGAUACUUAGUAAUUAUUCUGUGAUCCUCAAAGAAGUAAACGAGAAGUAUUUACAUGCUGGUAUAGGACGAGUCAGAGCAAAUCUGGAAAGCCAUGUUAAGAAAGGUAAAAUGACCGAGGAGAAGCUUGAAAGAACAAUGUCCCUUCUGAGGGGUGUGCUUGACUAUGAAAGCUUCAGAACUGUGGACCUGGUUAUUGAGGCUGUUAUCGAGGAUGUUUCCUUGAAGCAACAAAUUUUUGCUGAGCUCGAAAAAUAUUGCUCUCCAUAUUGUAUACUCGCUAGCAACACCUCCACUAUUGAUUUGACCAUCAUCGGUGAGAGAACCAAUUCUCUAGAUCGGAUUGCUGGGGCCCAUUUUUUCAGUCCUGCACAUGUCAUGCCUCUUUUGGAAAUUGUUCGUACUCGGCAUACAUCUCCCCAGGUUGUUGUUGACUUGCUUAAUAUUGGGAAAAAGAUUAAGAAAAUCCCAGUGGUGGUUGGGAAUUGUACAGGCUUUGCUGUGAACAGGAUGUUCUUCCCAUACACACAAGCUGCUCUUUUGCUUGUUGAGCGUGGCACCAAUCCCUAUAGGAUCGAUGACGCGAUUACCAAAUUUGGGAUGCCAAUGGGUCCUUUCAGAUUAGCUGACCUUGUUGGUUUUGGGGUUGCAAUUGCUACUGGCAUGCAAUUCCUGGAGAAAUUCCCUGAAAGAACGUAUAAAUCAAUGCUUAUCCCCAUCUUGCAGGAGGAUAAGAGAGCUGGAGAAUCUACCAACGAAGGUUUUUAUCAGUAUGACCAAAGGCGCAAAGCUACCGCUGAUCCUGAUCUAGAAAAAUAUAUUGAGAAGGCCAGAAGUAUUUCUGGUGUUACUGUGGACUCUAAGCUAGUCAACAUAGCAGAAGACGACAUCGUAGAGAUGAUAUUCUUCCCUGUGGUAAAUGAGGCCUGUCGAAUCCUUGCCGAAGGAAUCGCUGUCAAGGCGGCGGACCUUGACAUAGCUGCUGUUAUGGGCAUGGGCUUUCCACCUUAUCGGGGAGGCAUUGUCUUUUGGGCCGAUUCAUUGGGUUCCAAGCACAUUUGUUCAAGAUUGGAUGAAUGGUCAAAGAUGUAUGGAGAUUUCUUUAAGCCUUGCCCUUAUUUGGCUGAAAGAGCGGCCAAAGGGAUUCCUCUGAGUUUGUCGUCAGAUCAAGCCAACUCUCGAUUGUGACAUCAAGUUGCUCAUUUCCUUAUAGACAUGAAUAAAUUCCGUCUUCCCUGCCUUGUGAGUACAAGCUAGACUACCACGAGCUCGAGUACUAUUAUUGAUGUAUUUGAUGGAUAAUUAGUAGACAAUGCUAGACAUUGUAUGAUAAACUCCACGAUUUCUAUAAUGUGAUCUCUUUAAGUAGCAUGAAUUCUCUAUUGAAA